AUGGUUAAUCAUGGCAGAUUAAUUGAAGAUUACAAUCUCAAGACAGGAGAUACAAUUAGAGUGAUUCCUUUAAAACAACAACUCGCACCAACCAACAUUGAACAGACUUCUUCUCCAGUGGUCCAAAUAAAUAUCUCAAACGACAUAAAGACGGAGCCAAUUGAUUCAACACCUGAAUUUCCUACUGUCGUACCUCGUCCUUUAUCACAAAAAGCAACUCUUUCACCAAGAAUCAAACAGCCUGCCGCUGAUUUUCCUUUUGGCCCCACUAAAAUGAAAGCAACUUCAGGAUUUUCUAGAAGUGUAGAACGCAUUGACCUUAUCUCCCCGUCUGGAAGAUACAAACGCAGGAUUCCUGUACAAUGGUCAACCAACCCAAUUGCAGGAAAAACUGGGUUGAACAUAGUCCCAGCUGAACAUCAAGGCCCUCUUCCUCACGUACCAGUAGGAUACUGUGUUGAUAUGAGGAUGACUAUGAGCUCGAUUGGAGUCCAUAGACCACCCAUUGCAGGGAUCUCAGGAUCACAGUCUAUGGGUUACGUGGUCUCUAUUGUGAUGUCAGGCGAAUAUCCAGAAGAUGAGGACCAAGGUGAUGAAUUUGUAUACACCGGAAGCGGUGGCCGUAGUGGAAGCGAUCUCAUACAAACCUUUGACCAAGACCUCACUCGAUCGAAUCUAUUAUUGGCCAAGUCAUGCAAUGUACGCCUCAACACUAUAACUGGCGGAGAUUCUGGGGACGCGUGGAAGGAUAGCGCUCCAAUUCGUGUCGUCCGAGGCUACAAUCUAUCGAAAAACGCCCAAAAGUCUGGCCGACUCGAAAGAUCGUAUGGUCCCAGCCAAGGAUAUCGUUAUGAUGGAAUCUAUAAAAUUACACGCUACUGGUCUGAGAUAGGCUACACAGGCCACAAAGUCUGGAGAUUCCAUUUGAAGCGAGAUGAUCCUUCGCCUGCUCCAUGGACCGUUGAAGAUAAACAGGAGCCAAAUGAAGAACGUAUACAACAACUGUUAGGAUUUCGUUCAAUUCUCAAAUUUCUUGUUCCUGAUCCUGGUUACAAGAAACUUCAUCUGACAAAUAGCUACCGACCCUCAAUGCGAAAAAUGGAUCAAGAGGACGCAAGUGAACCCAUCAGACGCACUAAUAUAAGUUCUGGUACAUAUAUACCAACACAUGCUAUAUGGAAAGCAGUGAUAGGCGAUCAAAUGAACAAACGCAUCUGGAUGAGAUUGAUUGAUUUGAACUAUCAAAAAGAAUACAACAUCAAAGACCACCUUACAUUUAUCGAAAAUGCCUUGACACAACCCGAGUUUCAAUGCAUGAUUUGUAAUGAGCAAAAAUGCCGUCAAGCCGACCCAGUAUAUCGAGACGGACUUAACAUUCCUUUGGUUAAAGCCGAAUCGCUUCACUGCACUCGAUGCGACUAUAACUUUUGCGAAAAGUGCUUAAAACCUAUGAUUGAACGCAAACAUGUCGUCUGCCCUAACUGUCUUUCCCAGAAAUCUCUCUGUUUCAACCGACGAUUAAGUGCUGUAUUUGCUGCAAUGAAUAUUCCACUUUAA